AUGACAAGCCGAAGGCAAACUGCAGAGUCAAACCUCCAUGAUCCUAUGAGAAAGGAGCUUGGAAUUGACUCAAAUGCAGAAGACAAGCACGGAUGGUUCGCCAGAAGUGGACACUUUCAGUCAGAAACUGUGGAAAAUAUGGAGAACGCUCCGGAAGACAAGCAGCUUCAUGAGUGGAAGUCAAAGAGUCGGAUAAAUUCAUCGGAAUCACUCUGA